GCGCGGGCAUUUGCGGCCAUCGUCGGGGCUGCGGGGAAUGUCGUGACCUGGGGAGCUCCACACGGAGGUGGAGACAGCCGCUCUGUUCAGCAACAGUUGGUCGACGUCCAGCACGUCCACAUCUCCGAGUUCGCUUGUGCUGCCAUCCGGGCGGAUGGAAGCGUAGUCACCUGGGGCUCGGCCGUGGCUGGAGGUGACAGCCACGAUGUUAGCCAUAUGCUCUUCGACGUCGUCGAAAUUUCUGCUACAAACUCGGCCUUUGCUGCAAUCCGGCUUGAUGGUUCGGUGGUCACCUGGGGAGAUCCCGAGAAUGGAGGAGACAGCUCCGCAGUUCAUGAAAAGCUCAAAAAUGUGCAGAAAGUCUAUUCGUCCAGCACCGCCUUUGCAGCGAUAACCAGUGACGGUUCCGUUGUGACUUGGGGCGCCAGCACGGGGGGUGGCGAUAGCACGGCUGUGCAGGGAGAGUUGCUGGAUGUGCAGCAGAUCCAUGCGAACCGUUCUGCCUUUGCCACGGUGAAGCUGAACGGCCGUGUGACGACUUGGGGAGCCCUGGCCAGUGGGGGAAAUAGUUCUCAUGUUCAGGAGCGCCUCGUUGAUGUUUGUCAGAUCCACUCUACAGCCAGAGCCUUCGCGGCUAUGCAGACGGACGGGACGGUUGUGACCUGGGGUGCGCCCAGUGCAGGCGGUGAUUGCAGCAGUGUGGAGCUUGUGGAUGUCCUCCAAAUCUUGGCGACGGAAGAUGCCUUUGCUGCAGUGCGAGGUGAUGGCACGGUCGUGACCUGGGGCUGUAGGGACUCUGGAGGCAACUGCCAAGCCGUUCAGACUCAGUUGAGCAACGUGCGACA